CGAAGCAUCACAAGAAGAUUCAGGUCGCGGAGCCAGCGCCGCAAUUAUUACUGCGCUCACCUGUGCUUCGUAGACAACCGCCAGCGUCGCAGACACGUCGUAGAGGCACGCGCUGGCCAAUCGGCGGUGGCACAGCGACCCAAUCAAACCGUCGAAAGUGGAUCUUGAGCAGGCGUGCGUAACGCGUUGGCGGGUCGUGGCGGCCCGCGUGCUACUUGCGCGUCAACGGCUCGGCAACGUGUUAUGGACAUGGUCUUCUGCCGCUGCAACCGGUGCCGCCGAACCUUACUGCGGCGGUCGUCACGUUGUCCACAGCCUCGUGUUUAUGACCGUGCUUGGUCGUCGCGCUGGACAAGGCCGGAAUGCACCAGAGCCAUGGCGCCACGUAGCACUUUGUAAAUUUCAACAUUUUUGAGCGGCGUCAACAACGCAGCGGUGGUCACCGCCAUGGUUGACUACGCGUGCGGGCCGCGGGCCGCGACAGAGUGGCCCACAAGAAUCAUUCUACGGCUCGCACGCCCGCCGUUCGAUUGCGUCUGAGCCUGACGAUCACCGCCGAGAUUUUUGGCUUCGAAAGCUGCUUUCGCAAUCACUUGUUCUCACCAACAUGCCAUCCGGUAUGAGGCACGGCGCCUCCUGCGGGCUCGCAUGCCGAUCCUCUCUCGUGACAAGUACUAAUUGGUUGCAGUUUACAUCGAGUAGCCCUCUGAGUAGCGCUUGGUUCGUCGUAGCGCCUAUGCUUGCGAUCACCAAAUGUACACUAUUUAUAUCGAGCACUAUGAACACUAAUUCAAGAAUUCGUCAACCGACGGUCUCUGCCCCGGGGUCCAGUAUAUAUUUUUGUCAUAAUUAAUGUCGACUCUGUAUUUGUAUGUAAAAUAAUGAAAAUAAAAAAUGGUCUGCGAGUCGCCGACUUUGAGCGCAACAGAAACGACAAAAUUCAUUGCUUGCGAUGGAAGCCGCGGUCCUCGGGAGCAUGAGCCGCCUCAGCGACUCGGUCUCGCUGUACGUCAAGGACGCCUUCUGGGUCUUCGUCGUCUUCAUGGUCUGCUGCCUCGGCGAGCUCAGCAUCCCGAUCUUGCUCGUCAUCGUGUACAUCUUCCACCGACACGUCAUCCACCAGCGCCACCGCCGGUGGCUCGACCUGCCCGAAGCUUGCCGCGACGAGAUUCUCGCCAUCACCGCCACCGUCUCGCCGCGUCCGCCCGACAUGACCAACGACCUCGAGUGGUUUGGCCAAAGCGAGCACUUUACGGCGAGCCUCCACGCGACGAUGGCCAACCUCCGGGCCAACAACCCACGCAUGCCCUUUGCCCGCGACUUCUUCUCGGCCUUUGACAACGCCGUCUCGGCAGAGACAAUGGCGUACGCCCAAUGGAACCUCCUCCGGACCACCGACCGCUAUCUCGGGUUCCAAGACACCAAGGUCAAGGUCGAGGUGAUGGUGCAGCAUUACCAGAGUCAGAAGCAGGCGUUCGAAGAGCAGGUUCAGGCCAAGCGGGAGGCGCUGCGCCUUCGCCUUCGCCGCGAGCUCAAGUGGAAGCGCCUGCCCGAGGACGACUGGGAAGAAGACAAAGGCAACUGGUUCAAGAAGGUCUGGAAGCUAUGGGCACCGCCCAAGCCGCCCAAGGCCGAGCCUACUCACGCCCCCGUCGUUGCAAGUGACGACGACGCGUGCUGCAUCUGCCUUGAAGAGUACGACGGCUCCAAGGAGCUCAUCCAAGCCAAAUGCGCCCACAUCUUCCACGAAGACUGCCUCCUCGAGUGGCUGCGUCAAAACUCGACCAACAAAUGCCCAUACUGCCGCGCCCCCAUUCUCAAGCCCACGUUUCUCCAGCAGUUCUUCCAGUAGCGUGAGAGAAUGUAGCCGCAUCUUUAACUUAUCAAACUUGUAUAUCUUUUCUCUCGGCCUUUCCA